UUGACCUUUAAAUGCCCGAGAAAAUGAAGCGGAUUUUGUGGCUCCACAAACUCCUCACGGGCUUUUUCGAAAAUAUGCUUAAUUUUCUCAUUCUUUUUCCUAAUCAUCGUCUCUCCUCUCUCUUCGAUUCAUCGCCAAUGGUUCUCUGAAAGGAUCAGUAUCGCAGAAAUUUGAUCGCAAUUUGUUGUACAUUUGGUGUUGUAUUGUGUAUUAUCGGCAAUGGCGGAAGGCCAUGGAGUUGGGCAUUCGAGAGAGCUCGACGAGACGCCGACCUGGGCUGUGGCCUCCGUGUGUGCCGUCAUCAUCUUGAUCUCCAUUUUGAUGGAGAAAGGUCUCCACCAUCUCGGAGAGUGGUUUACUGAAAGACACAAAAAGGCUAUGUUUGAAGCUCUUGAAAAGAUUAAAGGGGAGUUGAUGGUUCUUGGAUUCAUAUCCUUAAUUCUCACAUUUGGACAAAAUUACAUCAUUCAAAUUUGCAUACCUGAGAAAGCUGCAGAUACUAUGUUGCCUUGUCGCAAGGAGGAAAAACCAGAAAUUGGAGGGGGUGAAGGAAAGGGUGAGCAUGCUGGUGGGGGUGGUAAAGGGGGAGAAGCCCAUCACAGAAGGCUUUUGUGGGACACACUAAUGGUGAUUUAUUCGAAUCGUAGACAAUUAGCAGAGUCAUCAGCACCUAACUGUCAUAGGGGAAAGGUACCACUUAUUUCUUUACAUGGUCUGCAUCAGUUGCACAUCUUCAUAUUUUUCCUAGCGAUCUUUCAUGUAUUGUAUAGUGCCCUUACAAUGACUUUGGGAAGAGAAAAGAUUAGCAGCUGGAAAGAAUGGGAAAAAGAGACCUUGUCAGCUGAUUAUGAAUUCUCAAAUGAUCCAGCAAGAUUUAGAUUGUCACAUGAGACAUCAUUUGUGAGACAACAUUCCAGUAUUUGGAACAAAGUGCCAUUCAUAUUCUACAUUGUUAGCUUCUUUCGUCAAUUCUUUAGAUCUGUGAGGAAGGCCGACUAUCUAGCAAUGCGUCAUGGUUUUAUCACAGUUCAUCUAGCUCCUGGUAGUAAAUUUGAUUUCCAAAAGUACAUAAAAAGAUCACUGGAGGAUGAUUUCAAGGUUAUUGUGGGUAUCAGUCCUCUUCUAUGGCUUUCAGCAGUGAUGUUUUUGCUUCUGAAUGUGAAAGGAUGGCAUACCUUAUUUUGGAUAGCAGUCAUACCUCUUAUUACAAUCUUAUCUGUGGGAACUAAGUUGCAGGCUAUUAUCACUAGGAUGGCUCUUGAAAUUAAAGAGAGACAUGCGGUUGUCCAGGGAAUUCCUCUUGUACAGCUUAGUGAUCAUCAUUUUUGGUUUGGACGCCCUCAGUUCAUUCUAUUUCUAAUUCACUUUACAUUGUUCCAGAAUGCUUUCCAGCUAAUAUAUUUUAUAUGGAUAUGGUACGAGUUUGGAUUGAACUCCUGUUUCCAUGACAGUAGUAACGCCAUGAUUGCAAGACUCUGUCUUGGAGUCAUAGUCCAAGUUCUGUGCAGCUAUACUACACUUCCUCUGUAUGCACUUGUAUCUCAGAUGGGUUCGCAAAUGAAAAUAUCCAUCUUCGAUGAGCAGACAUCCAAGGCAAUCAAGAAAUGGCAUCAAACAGCCAUGAAGAAAAAGAACCCAAAGGGUUCACCAAAUGCAAGCCCCCCUGGAAGUCCAAAGGCAGUAGCUAUGCACCCAAUUCAUGACCCAACUUCUGCAGUAGCAGCCACUGUUGCCUCAACCUCAGCGGUCGCUUCUAAAGACAUCCUCAGUGGAACAACUGAACUGCAGCUCCUUGCAGUAGAACGGGUGAAAGAAGAAUACCAAAUAAUUGAUCUUUCAUAACUGUAAUACACAAUUCUAUUUAUUUUUCUUUUUUAUGGGAUGCAAUGUAAGUAGAUUCUUCUCAUCAUGACUACACAAACUCAAUAGGAAAGAAACAAACUUCUCUAUGAAAUAUGUUAUUAAAUUGUGUUGAUUCCCAUUUAUUACUCUUUUUGGUGAAUCUAGAGAUAAUAUUAUGGAA